CCAAUCAGGAGCACGAUAGCAUCCCGCCUUUGCUCUCGUUCGUUGAGGCAGGUAUCGGUCGGAAUUUCGGAGAGCCCGCGGCCCCACCUAUCUCUGACCUCAAGUGGUGGUUUAAAGGAGGUGGCGGGAAGACGGUGGUCGAAUUCAUCACUCUCAUGGUUGCUUGGAUUUUUCCCAAUUAAAAUUAGCGAACCAAAAUAAACCAAGAUGUCUGUUGAUCCAAUGACCUAUGAGGCCCAAUUCUUUGGCUUCACACCACAAACUUGCAUGCUUAGGAUAUACAUUGCAUUUCAAGAUUACCUAUUUGAAGUGAUGCAGGCUGUUGAGCAGGUUAUGCUGAAGAAGCUGGAUGGCAUCCCAGACUGUGGGAUUAGCCCAGUUCAGAUUCAUAAAUGCACGGAGAAGUUUCUUUGCUUCAUGAAAGGACGCUUUGAUAACCUUUUUGGGAAGAUGGAGCAGCUGUUCUUAGAGUUGAUUUUGCGUAUUCCCCCAAACAUCUUGCUUCCAGAAGAUAAAUCUCAGGACACGCAUCCUUAUAGUGAGGAAGAAUUCCAGCUUCUCCAAAAAGAAAUUGAACAAUUACAGGAGAAGUAUAAGACUGAAUUAUGCACUAAGCAGGCCCUUCUUGCAGAAUUAGAAGAGCAAAAAAUUGUUCAGGCCAAACUCAAACAGACGUUGGCUUUGUUUGAUGAAUUUGAAAAUGUUGGCAGAGAUCAUGGGGCUAGUGAUUUUAAGGAGAGCUUGGUGUACCUGGUCCAGAACUCCAGAAAACUACAGAAUAUUAGAGACAAUGUGGAAAAGGAAGGCAAAAGAUUGAAAAUAUCUUAAUUUCUAUGUAGGAAAAGGAACUUGUCAGAAAGUAGAAUGGUAAGGGAUUUAUAUCAAUGACUAUUCUUAUUCUACUGAGUUGUAUAUUUUAUUGGGUUUUCUUUGCUCAGUCUUGUAUUCCACAUAUUUUGGUCCGCCCUCUUGAAGAGUCUGUGUACCACCCUGAACUAAUCUUUGCAGCAUCUGUUCCAUAGAGGCUUCUAGUAGGUGGGAAGGAAUUCUUGAUUCACUGACAAGUUUUGGGGGCAUGAUGGAAGAAGUAAAGCUUUCCCUGGCCAAUGAUA